AUGGACUUCUCUCAGUACGGCGGACCAUCCGAUGAAUGGUUGGCAGUGGAAAAGACACUGCCCGCCCGGACUUUCGACAUCUCGCUGGAUCCAAUCGUUCUGCGUAAUGCGGUCAAUUCUGAGCGAGAAGCACGCUCUGCAGAGGUGAAGCAAUUGUUCGCACCACAUGUCCAGACCAAAGAUCACGCCAUUCCGACCCGCGAUGGCUCAACCAUUGAAGCUCGAACCUAUCGAUCCGCGAAGAGGGAUGCAUCCGAGAAGCUUCCUGUAUACCUGUACUUCCACGGUGGAGGCUUCAUCUUCGGAUCGCUGAGUAGCGAGGACCCGCUAUGUGCGCAAACCGCGAUCAAGACUGGGGCUCUGGUGCUGAAUGUCAACUACCGCCAUACACCAGAACACAUCUUCCCAACCGCCUGGAAUGACACUCAUGACGCAUUCGUCUGGCUGCACAAGAACAUCGACAUGCUCGGAGGCGAUCCAUCUCAAGUCGUCGUCGGUGGCAUCUCAGCAGGCGGCAACCUAGCUGCUUCCCUGACUCUAGAGCAGCACCUUGGAAAGAGCGAAGACAUCGCAGGUCUGCCCACAAUAGCCGGCCAGAUCCUAAUCAUCCCAAUGCUCGCCCACCCAGCCACCUACGACCAAGGGCCAGGCAAGCUACUCAACCCCUCAACCUCAUCCUACGUUGAGAACGAAGAUGCACCGGUUUUGCCGAAGAAAACCAUCGACUUCUUUACCAAGCUGCUGAAGAUCGGGGAUGUAGAUCUCAAAGACACAAAGAUGAAUGUUGUCAAUGCGACGGAAGAGGAGGUCAAGGGUUUUCCUCCUACGGUGUUUGGUAUUGCGGGCUUGGACCCCCUACGUGAUGAGGCACUGUUGUUUUCAAAGAAGCUGUCAGAGGCUAAUGUGCCGACUUCUACUACGCUUUUCAAGGGCGUGCCGCAUGGCCAUAGGCGGUUUGGGAAAGCGUUGAAGGCGUCUGAGCAUUGGGAUCAGUGUGUUGAUGAUGGCAUACUUUGGGUGCUUUCGAAGCCGAAGGCUACGGGGAAGUUCGACAUCUCGUUCUCGGAGUUUGUAGGAAGCAACGUCCCCCCAUACGCGAUCCUUUCGCACCGAUGGCGCGAGCAAGAAGUUCUGUACGACGACAUGGCAGCCACGAACCGCAGUGUUGCACGGAGCAAGAAAGGUUACGCGAAGCUUGAGAUGACGUGCCGACUUGCGCUUGAACACGGGCUUAGCUAUGUCUGGAGCGAUACUUGCUGCAUCGACAAGAGUUCCAGUGCCGAACUAUCAGAAGCCAUCAACUCGAUGUACAGUUACUACACCCAUUCAAAGUGGUGCAUUGCAUACUUGGACGAUGUGGAGCUCGGUGAAGAUCAAAUUCUCUCCAGAUCAGCUUGGUUUUCAAGAGGGUGGACUCUGCAAGAGCUAAUCGCCCCGCUCAAGUUGACUUUCUACGCAAAGAGCUGGAAAAAGAUCGGCACAAAAGCUGAUUCGUGCCAUCAAGUCUCUAUAGCCUCCAACAUUGCUGUGGAGGUCCUGAGAGACCGCGAAGCCAUCAGUGCUAUGGGCGUAUCGGAGAAGAUGUCGUGGGCGGCGAGCAGAGUCACAACGCGACCGGAAGACGAAGCGUACUCCCUAAUGGGUAUCUUUGGUGUGAAUAUGGCAACUUUGUACGGAGAGGGUAGAAGCAGCGCUUUCAGGCGACUACAACUCGAGAUCCUGCGGACAAGUACUGACCAUUCUCUUUUCGCCUGGGAGUCAGAGACAGUCAACGGCGACAUGCUAGCGCCAAACCCGAUGCCAAAUUACGACAUGACAAACGCGGGACUCCGCAUACAGCUGCCUUUGAGACGUGAGAACCAUCUACCAAGACAGCCCUUUGAGGUUGCAUACCCGCUCAUGUAUCCAGACUGGUAG